AUGAUUGUUCAAGGAACGACAGGCACUGGGAAAUCAUUCAUAAUACAUUGCAUCAGACAAAAUUUGAAUGUCUCUACAGCCAUUCAGGAAAAUCCAUUGUUGGUUCUUGCUCCUACAGGUGUUGCUGCAUAUAAUAUUCAAGGAACAACUCUUCAUGCAGGCCUUCGAAUCCCUAUUAAAGAAAUGCAUCCUUUGACAAGUCAAGCAUUGUUCACAUCCCAAGAGCAUUUUAGGCAUGUUAAAUAUAUUCUAAUAGAUGAAAUAAGAUUCUUAGGCCCAAAAUUACUACUGAAGAUUGACAACCGACUACGAAAAGCAUUCCCUAAUAAACAACAUGAAAGAUUUGGUGGCCUCUCCAUAAUCCUCAUAGGUGAUCUUGGACAACUCCCUCCCGUAAUGGACAAACCAGUUUAUGCUUCACACUCUACAACACUGAUUUUAUGGCAUUCGUUUAAAAUAGUUGUAACAUUGCAUAUUGUUUUCCGCCAUCAAGGUGUCUCUAUUAAACAACAACACUUCAGAAGUCUACUCCAGAACAUAAGAGAUGCACAACCUAACAAACAUGACUGGCAGUUCUUAAUGAACCAAACAAAUACAAAUCUCAUUGUUCAACAACAAAAGGAAUUCAACUCAUCAAUCCAUUUGUUUGCAACAAAUGAAUCAGCAAGAUUGCACAACAAAAGAAUGUUGAAAGAAUUAAAUUUUCCCAUUGCUCUAAGCCUUGCACAUAUUGCGCAACCGACUAAUACUGAUUAUGAUAAUGAUGAACAACUUCCAUUAGAGCUACUAUUAUGUGUCAAUCAACAAGUGAUGUUGUUAGCUAACUUGUGGACUGAAGUCGGCCUUGUAAAUGGCUCCAUUGGCCUUGUUAAAAAAAUUAUCUAUGAAAAUAAUACUAGACCACCAGACUUGCCAAGAUUUGUUAUUGUACAGUUCCAAAAUUAUAAAGGCCCUCCAUGGGAUACAUUGCAUCCAAAUGACAUACCCAUUACUCCAAUUACCCGAGGCAGGCGUACACAAAUUCCAUUGACAAUGGCUUGGGCCAUAACUAUUCACAAAUCUCAGGGACUUACAUUGGAUAAAGCUACAAUAGACAUAGGCAACAGUGAAAAGAAAGGCCUAACAUUUACAACUAUCUCAAGGAUCAAAACAAUUGAUGGUAUACGCAUUCAUUCGCCUUUCUCUUUUGAAAGGUAUGCAAAAAUGCAAAAAAGUGUUUUUCCCACCAUAAGAAAGAAAGAAGAAGCUCGCUUGUAA